AGCACAUCUUCACCCUUCUUCUUCUAUCUACUAGUUAAUUAAGUCUUCUAAUUAUACUACUUUCCUAUCCAAAUUUUUUAUCUUUGCUUCAAGCUUAAUUUUUUCGAAAGAAGAAGGGAAGAUGGCUAGUGUAGCUGAGAUUCGCAAGGCUCAAAGGGCUGAAGGCCCUGCAACCAUCCUUGCCAUUGGAACUGCAAAUCCACCCAACUGUGUUGAUCAGAGCACUUAUCCUGAUUACUACUUCAGAAUCACUAACAGCGAGCACAUGACUGAGCUCAAAGAGAAAUUCAAACGCAUGUGCGACAAGUCUAUGAUCAAGAAGCGAUACAUGUAUUUAACAGAAGAGAUCUUGAAAGAGAACCCUAACAUUUGUGCUUAUAUGGCACCUUCUUUGGAUGCUAGGCAAGACAUGGUGGUUGUGGAGGUACCAAGACUAGGAAAAGAGGCUGCGGUCAAGGCCAUAAAAGAAUGGGGUCAACCAAAGUCAAAGAUUACCCACUUAAUCUUUUGCACCACAAGUGGUGUAGACAUGCCUGGUGCUGAUUACCAACUCACUAAACUCUUGGGACUUCGUCCAUAUGUGAAAAGGUUCAUGAUGUAUCAACAAGGGUGCUUCGCAGGUGGCACGGUUCUUCGUAUGGCUAAGGAUUUAGCUGAAAACAACAAAGGUGCUCGUGUUCUCGUUGUUUGUUCUGAGGUCACUGCAGUCACAUUCCGUGGCCCAACAGAUACCCACUUAGAUAGUCUUGUGGGCCAAGCCCUGUUUGGAGAUGGAGCAGCUGCAGUUAUUGUUGGGUCUGACCCAAUUCCACAAAUUGAAAAACCUCUCUUUGAGUUAGUUUGGACUGCACAAACAAUUGCUCCAGACAGUGAAGGGGCCAUUGAUGGACACCUUCGUGAAGUUGGGUUAACAUUUCAUUUACUAAAAGAUGUUCCUGGGAUUGUCUCAAAGAACAUUGACAAAGCCCUAGUUGAGGCCUUCCAACCAUUGGGUAUCUCUGAUUACAACUCAAUCUUUUGGAUUGCACACCCAGGUGGGCCUGCAAUUCUUGAUCAAGUUGAGCAAAAGUUGGGCCUCAAGCCCGAAAAGAUGAAGGCCACAAGAGAAGUUCUUAGUGACUAUGGUAACAUGUCAAGUGCCUGUGUUCUAUUCAUCUUAGAUGAGAUGAGAAGAAAAUCAGCACAAGAUGGACUUAAAACCACUGGUGAAGGACUUGAAUGGGGUGUGUUGUUUGGCUUUGGCCCUGGACUCACUAUUGAAACUGUGGUUCUUCACAGUGUCGCCAUAUAAGAGCCCUAAUUAUUUCAUUAUUAUGUAUCACUUUUCAAACCCCACUUCCCUUUGUAACAAAAACAAUAACUCGUUUGGAGUUUCUUUGUGUACCCUUAUAUUAAAAUAAUACAUGGCUUGCAACUUUGAGCCCUCC